AUGGAGGAUCUAAUUCGCAGUCAACUCGACUUGCAUGGUCGAAUCGCAAGAAUCAUUGAGAACAUGAGGAAGCUUGGGCAAGCGAACAUCACCGCCGGAACAAUUCAAACCCGCUUGACCACCCUCGAUCGAUACUGGGAGAAAUUCGAAGCACAACACGAAACUCUACUCUCUCAACACGGCAAUGAGAUCGAGGAACUCGAAUAUAAAACGCAAGAUCUCGCAAGCACUGUGGAAGAAAUCUACAUGAACCAGCGAGGCAUUCUCCUCGACUAUAUCUCCGAACUUCCUCAUCAACCGAACCAUACAAUAUCUCAGCAGCGCAGGGAACCACCCCAAGCACGCACAUCUCUACCACGAAUUCAACUUCCGUCAUUCAACGGCGAAUAUGAAGAUUGGCCCCGGUUCCGCGAUCUAUUCCUGUCCAUGAUUGGCAACGACAAUCAUCUGCACGACGUCGAAAAACUGCACUACCUAAAAAGCACUGUCAAAGGAGAAGCCGAAGCUACAAUAAAAAACAUUCCCAUCACCGCGGAAAACUAUCAGCGCGCGUGGCAAUCACUGGCGAACGUUUACGAGAACAAACGUCUCCUUGUAAGCUCCUGCUUAACCAAAUUCUCGCACCAACCAAAGAUGACUGCAGAAACCACCGCAGAACUCAAACGAGUAUUUCAUAGUAUGGUAACAACAGUCAACGUACUCGAAGGGAUCGGACGACCGAUUGACAGUUCCGAAGACCUCUUCGUUUUUUCAGUAACCGAGCUACUCGAUCCUCGAACGCGACGGGAGUGGGAAAGCGCUAUUAAUGACUCGAAAGAAACGCCGACCUAUGAAACGUUGCGGACGUUUCUCGAGAAACGACUCCAGAUGCUCGAAGCACUAAACCCGUCUGCCUCGAGCUCUUCAUCGAAAGGCAAUCAUCCUCGGAAGACAAAAACUCAUUGCACUCAAGCAAAAAAAUACAAUGAAUGCCUAAGUUGCAAGCAGAGCCACUUCAUCCUAAUCUGUCCAGACUACAAAGGAAAGGACGCAGCUCAGCGCCUAAGAUUCAUCGAGCAAAAGAACGCUUGCGUCAAUUGCCUCGGACGACACAAAGUAGCCGAGUGCAAGAAUCCAAAGGUAUGCAACACCUGCUCAGAGAAGCACCAUACGACCCUGCAUGAAGCAUUACAUCGAAACGAGCCCGCUCCACGCUCGGCGGUUACUUCCCACGUAAUUGGAAAGGUAGACGACCAGCAUGCCCCCAUCUUAUUAGCCACAGCCAGAGUACUCGUGAAAGAUAAAAACGGGCAGGAGCACUGUAUCACAGCACUCAUAGAUCAAGGCUCAGAAGUCAGUCUAGCCACGGAACGACUCAUUCAGAAGUUACAUCUACCGCGCAAACGAAGUAACCACGUAAUCUGUGGAGUCGGCGGACUGGAUGCAGGGCGUAGCCGAGGAAAAACCACAAUCGAAAUGCACGCCAAACGAUUCAACCGGCACCUCAAGGCAAACGUCCUAAUACUUCAUGAGAUAACUACAUAUUCAGGCCAAAUCAAAACGCUUAACUCAACGUGGAAGCACGUAGCCAAUUUACCUCUCGCAGAUCCGAGUUUUUUCAAGAGCGACACGAUCGACCUCCUCCUCGGCGCUGACGUCUACUCCAGCAUCAUCUUAAGAGGGCUUCGGAAAGGCUCAAGGCUCGAGCCCGUGGCCCACGAAACAAUCUUCGGGUGGAUUCUAACCGGGAUAGCAGGACAAAAUAAGAAUCACUCGUCCACCACCACCCUGCACAUCAGGCAGGCUGAGGACCUCACUCACCUCGUACGAAAGUUCUGGGAACAAGAAGAAAUCCCGUCAAACAGCACUACAAACGAGGAGUCACAAUGCGAAGCAGACUUCGCAUCAAGUCACUCUCGACAAAAGGACGGCAGAUACAUGGUUCGCCUCCCCCUGCUGCAGCAUCCCCCGGAUCUAAGUAGCUCCCGAAAAGGAGCCGCGAGCGCCUUGGCCAGCACCGAGAAGCGAUUCAAGGGAAAUGCGAAGUUUGAGGCACUCUAUCGAGAGUUCAUGCUCACAUAUGAACAGAUGAAACACAUGAGCGAAGUAUCCCCAACGGAGUCAAACCCCACAGACGCUUGCUAUUUGCCUCACCACGGUGUAUGGCGCGAAUCAAGCAGCACCACAAAACUACGAGUGGUGUUCAAUGGAUCGUGGCGCACAUCAACCGGCAAAGCACUAAACGACUACCUAAACCCGGGGAUGAAUCUACUUCCGGCGCUCUCAGACAUCCUCCUCAAAUGGCGCAAGCAUCAGUUCGUCAUCGCUGCGGACAUCGAAAAAAUGUACCGCCAAAUCCUAGUUCACCCAGACGACAGACCAAAGCAGCGCAUACUAUGGCGGCACGGAUCCUCCCAAGAAAUCAAGGAAUACCAACUCAACAUAGUGACGUACGGACUCGCCUGCGCCCCAUUCCUAGCGCUGAGAUGCAUAAAACAACUAGCGGAGGACGAGCAAAACAACUUCCCACGAGGAUCAAGAGCUCUCCGCGACGCUAUCUACGUAGAUGACAUUCUCACGGGGGCAGACAAUAUCACCGAACUAGCAGCGUUAAAACAGGAACUAAUUGGGAUCUGCAAGGCAGGCGGUUUCCCUCUAAGAAAAUGGGUAAGCAAUUCAGCAGAGUUGUUAGAGGCCAUUCCACCACAAGAAAGAGCAAACGCGGCAAGCCUGCAAUGGAUGCCUAACGAAUCAAUCCAUCAGACGCUAGGACUCAAAUGGGACCCAGUCGAUGAUUCUUUCGCGUACACGGUGAAAAUCUCCGACCAAGACAACCCGACGAAGAGGUCCAUUCUCUCAGCCACUGCCCAGCUCUUCGACCCGCUCGGUUGGAUCACUCCAGUAACAACACGCGCAAAAAUAAUGAUCCAGUCAACAUGGCUGUUAAAUGUCCAGUGGGAUGAUCAUCUUCCGGCAACCCUCACUCAAGAUUGGAAAGCAUUCUACGCCCAAUGGCCAAAUCUGGCCAACAUCAGAAUCAGUCGGCCGCUGUGGGACAGGAACGCAACCGACCUGGAAAUACACGGAUUUUCGGACGCUUCAGAGAGAGCCUACGCCGCAGUGGUAUACAUUCGCAUAACAUCCACCACUGGGGACCCAAAAAUCACUCUCGUCGCUGCCAAAAGCAAAGUGGCGCCACUCAAACAAGUGUCGCUACCGAGACUAGAGCUGUGCGGAGCCCAACUUCUCGUAAAAUUAGUCCAUCACACAAAAACAACUCUGAACCAAGAAGUCAAGAUCCAUCUUUGGACCGACUCAACUAUCGUGCUGGGCUGGAUACAAGGGCACCCAACGAGGUGGACCACUUACGUCGCAAACCGAGUGUCAGAAAUACAAAUUCAGCUCCCAGAGGCCUCUUGGCACCACAUCAGCGGCAAAGAAAACCCCGCUGACUGCGCGUCACGAGGAAUCUCGCCAUCCGAGCUGCUGCAACACCCCCUGUGGUGGACUGGCCCAGCAUUUCUAAGACACAAAGCAUCAUCCUGGGCAUCCGGGGAGUUCAUAGAGUCACGAGAACUCCCGGAGACACGGUAUCGCACGCUCACGACAACGGCGCCUCUCCAAAUCAAGAUUAAUCCACUGCUCGAGCAGUUUUCGAACUACAACAGACUGCUUAGAGUGUCAGCAUGGUGUCGCCGGUGGACCAGUAAAGUGAGAGCCCGCAAAACAAACGACCCUACUACAGCAGGGCCUCUAACAGCCAUGGAACUCGAAGCAACAGAAUUACUAUGGAUAAAGAACACCCAAGCGUCGCACUUUAAACACGAGCUACAUCAAAUACGCUCAGGACAAAACAUAAAGACGAAAAGUCAGCUAAUCCGACUCACUCCAUUCAUAGAUCAUGACGGCGUGCUACGCACAGGCGGAAGACUUCGCCACGCAAGUAUACCCUACAGUGGGAAGCACCCAAUAAUCCUGCCGCCGCAUUCACGAUUCACAGAAUUACUCACCGAGGCCACACACAGAAGAAUGCUGCAUGGAGGAACGCAACUCACUCUCGCAGCAAUUCGUCAACGAUUUUGGAUCCCCCAAGGGCGGAGAGUAACCAAGACAAUCAUCCACCGGUGCCCAACAUGCGUCCGGUGGAAAGGAACCACGCAAACACAACAAAUGGCCAACUUGCCCAAACAACGAGUAACGCAAGCUCGGCCCUUUCAAUAUAGUGGAGUCGAUUACGCCGGACCAAUCCACCUGAAAACCGCUCCGGGCAGAGGAAGAAAAAGUAUGAAAGGAUUUAUAGCGAUCUUCGUCUGCCUCAGCACUCGAGCCAUACACCUCGAUGCAGCGUCAGACUACUCAUCGGAGGCAUUCCUCGCAGUCCUACGGCGCUUCAUUUCACGCCGAGGUCCAUGCUCCGAAAUCUGGAGCGACCAAGGCACCAACUUCAUCGGAGCCGACAGAGAGCUCCAAAGACUCUUCGCCGCCAGCAGCAGAGACGGCAGGAUGAUCGCAGAGCACGCUGCCACCGAAAGAAUUCAAUGGCACUUCAACCCACCUGCCUCACCACACUUCGGAGGCAUCUGGGAAGCUGCAGUAAAGUCAACAAAACAUCAUUUACGCCGAACGAUCGGGGAGACGCUUUUGACAUUCGAAGAAAUGUCCACCCUCCUAGCUCAAAUAGAGGCCUGUCUCAACUCAAGACCGCUCUGCGCAAUGAGCGACGACCCAGAUGAUCUGAACAUACUGACUCCCGGUCACUUCUUAAUCGGCUCAGCCCUAACAGCCCUCCCGGAGCCAGCAAAGCUCGACAUCAACUAUCAUUCCAAGUGGGAACACAUCACGAAGAUGAGAGAUGAUUGUUGGAAUCGAUGGCACAAGGAAUAUCUGAACGAACGCAACCAAAGAACAAAAUGGCACUCAGCAUCCCAAGACAUCCAAGUAGGGCGACUCUGCCUCAUACGGAAUGAACAAAACCCCCCUUCCAGAUGGCUGCGCGGAAGAGUAAAGGCCGUGCACACCGGGGACAACGGCCUCAUUCGCACAGCAACUGUCAAAACAGCAACAAGCGAAUUCACGCGACCAAUCGUGAAACUAGUCCUUCUGCCUGGACCCAACAGCGAAGCUGAUGCCACCUCAUUGCCACGGCCAGUGGCAAGGCGGGCGGAAUGUUCAUAA